CUGGAAAACCUCGGAUCUGUCUCUUUAAGCGGGGCGGACUGCCUCAUCUUCUGCUGGGACGGUUGAGCUCUUCAAACCCGUAGUUAAACUUCUGCUCCACACUAGUUAGACUAGACAAGACAGCCAGUGGCAAAAAGUAUUUUCAUCGAGGUCUGUAAAAGACAAAUGAAAGUCAGAUAUUGCGAUGCGCGAAUAGAUAGGAACAGUAGAGUGAGUGGAGCAGGAGCGCGGAUGGAGUAAGAAAGGAUGGGGAUGGGAGGUGUGUGAAGUCUGUCCUUGAACGCACAGGACAGAGGCAUCAAUGAAGGUAGGGAAAGAAACUUUAGAUGCACGUUUUUUCAGGCAAACAUGAUUCGCUUCGGAGCAGUCUGGAUGUAGGGCAUCUAUCUAGAAUGCUUUCCAACAAACUACGUGUCAGCCGAAGAAAGCACGAAGGAGAACGCGUUUGCUGUGAUCUACGGAGAGGAGUAACGUGUGCAUGUGUUUCUCAUCCAUCUCUAGUGAUAUGGCAGGGAACUGACUGAGAGAGAGAGAGAGAGAGAGAGAGAGAGAGAGAGAGAGAGAGAGAGAGAGAGAGAGAGAGAGUUUAUACAGAAGAAAUUCAUCUGGGAACAGUAAAAGGUGCUGAUCUCUGGAACCAAGGCAACCCAUCAGAAAUGAAACAGCUAUUCUCAUCACACGUGAAUCUUAGACUGGACUCUGACACCAGGCAUCAUCUGACUGUGCAAGAACCACUGAAUGCACCUCAUAUCUCUGAACUGAACUGACAUUCAUCCCUGGAGUUGAAGUCAGCUUCCACGUAUAGAAAUUGAACAUUGAAUUUUGAAGAUGUCACAACAGAUCUAAAAAUUACACCGCAGUGGGAACACAUUUUACAUUAACUUGCACACAGGUUUUCACUGAGGACCAGACUUUACUCUUUUGGCACCAUGAUGGAUAUUCAAAAUUUCACAAUCUAAAUAAUUUCCAUGCUGAUACACCUAAUAGCUGUGGCGCCCCUUGCCUUUCUCUCAUGCCCAUGGACCCAUCUGGUGCCAUGCUCUCACAGGCGCUCCUGCUCUUACAGUGCUUUAUUCUGACGCUCGGCCAGUAUGAUAUCUGUAAGUCGCUGGUCAGCACAGACGAUGGACCAACAUGGGAAUAUUACGCUUGCCAGCCAAAACCCAGGUCCAUGAAGGAGUACAUGCAGAUUAGAGUGGAUCCUCCCGAUAUCACAUGUGGGAAUCCACCGGAGAGGUUCUGCACUCUGGAAAACCCAUACCUGUGUAGUGACGAAUGCGAUGCCUCCACCAAAGAACUCGCCCAUCCUCCAAAGCUGAUGCAAGAUCAAGAGCGAACCGGACUCAUCACGUACUGGCAGACUGUAACAUGGGGUCGUUAUCCUGAGCCUCUUCUGGCUAACAUAUCUUUAUCAUGGAACAAAAGCCUGGAGUUAGCAGAUGACAUCCAGAUAACCUUUGAGUAUGGGCGGCCCACAAAAAUGGUGCUGGAUAAGUCCCUGAAUUAUGGACGAACCUGGCAGCCUUAUCAGUACUAUGCCGAUGACUGCAUGGACGCCUUUGGGUUGUUGCCAAAGACAAUGCAGGAUCUGUCAGCCACGAACGUGACUAGAGUCAUAUGUACCGAGCAAUACUCUCGCUGGGUCGGUUCCAAGAAUGAGAAGAAUGUACGGUUCGAGGUCCGGGAACGUUUCGCCAUAUUUGCUGGGACAAAAUUACAAAACAUGGACAACUUGUACACACGCAUGGAAAGCAUGAAAGGUCUCCGAGACUUCUUCACCUUCACAAACCUGCGACUUCGGCUGCUGAGACCGGCACUCGGAGGAACAUACGUACAAAGAGACAACCUGUUGAAGUACUUUUACGCCAUCUCCAAUAUCGAAAUACCAGCAAGGUGUAAGUGUAACCUCCACGCCGGUCAGUGCUCCCUUCGUGACGGGACCCUUCAGUGCGACUGCGAGCACAACACCACUGGACAAGACUGCUCGGCCUGUGAGAGAGGAUUCAAAGCCAAGUCCUGGAAGCCCGGCUCCUACCUGCCCACCCCGAACGGCUCCCCGAACAUUUGUGAGGCGUCGGGAACGUCUGACAACUGCGAGUGCAACGGUCACUCAAAUCGCUGCAGUUACAUUGAUUUCAUCAACAUUGUGACUUGUGUGAGCUGCAAACACAACACUAGAGGGCAGAACUGUCAGCACUGCCGCCUCGGAUACUUCCGGAAUGCUUCCGCAGAGCUGGACGAUGAGAAUGUUUGCAUAGAGUGUAACUGUAAUCAGCUGGGCUCCUUUCACGCCCGGUGCAAUGACACAGGCUUCUGUCAGUGUCGAGAGGGCACCACGGGCCAGAAGUGUGAGGACUGCCUGCCUGGAUAUACCUGGAAGCAAGGCUGCGUGCCAAACGUGUGUGAUGACGAGCUCCUCCUGUGUCAGAAUGGAGGCUCCUGCAUCCAGAACCAGAAGUGCGUGUGUCUGCCCAGCUUUAGGGGCGUUUUGUGUGAGCAGCCACGCUGCCAGGGCGAGAAAGGGUGCGACGGCGCAUCGGCCUGCUACCUCAGCACACUGACGCUGCUGCUAUGCCUUCUAGCCAACAGCCUGCUUAAAGUCAGCACCUAGAAACCCAUCUUAGUUCUGAUAUCAAUCCUAGUCUACGCAGGCCAAAGGGCUGAACCCUGUGGAUGGAGAGAGAGUGGCCUGAACCUGUAUGGACCCAGCCUCACGGUGCGGAAAUCUUUUUUAGGAAAUGCCGGCGGCUCCACUGAGGUCAAAACGCCUUCAUGAGAUGAGCAGUUAAUUGCUCGUCUACUAGCAUCACUGAUCGCCUGAACUAUAAACCAAAAACAGAACAAAAACAACUUAAGUUCAGUUUCAGCUCACUCGACACAAAACUCUACAGAAAGUGGAGAAAUAUAUAGAUGUGGUUUCAUUUCCUUUGCAUUUCUACUUUCUCUGUAGUUUCAGCGCUCACAGAGGUACAAGCACUGCACUUAGCCAGCUUGUUUUAACGAACAACAAACGGUCGAUAUCACGGAAGCCUACUUAUGCCAAGUUAUUCUUCUUCUCUUGAAGACUUGU